AUGCUCAGAGUAACUGUAUGUGUUCUUGUUUUGCAGGUAUGUCGUAGUGAAGCGUGUGGCUGCGUCCUGUGCUGGCAGUGGGAGGUGAGAGGCCAUGGGAAGGUGACAGCUGGGCGGCAGGAACCUCAGAGCACGUCGGGCAGCGAGUCUGAGGAUGAACCGGUAAGCAAACUCCGCCGACUGUCCACCUCUUCGGCUUCCUGCGGCUCAACCUCUGGCUCCUCCUGUCCUCCCUCGCCGCGCCCUGCCGCCCGCCACUACACCCGCCGCGCCAGGACGCUACGCUGGUCCGCUGCCGACGAUUCCAGCCUCUCGGAAGCUGGCUCCUACAUUGAGCCCUCGCCGGCAGUCGCGGGAGGCAGCCACACACAGGCCCAGGAUGACUACGUGUGUGUGACUGGGACGUCAGCAAAUGACCCUGCGUCCCCCCCGUCCUGCCUUGGCCCUGAGCCAAUGGUGAUUGAGCCUGACCAACAAAAACAAGGGACCACGGACUCCACCUCAAGUCCAGACUGCGACACUCCAGACGGGGCCCACAGCAUCGGCAGCAGCAGCAGCUCGGCGUCAGGUAACCAAGACCCCGUCAUGGUGGGGAGUGUCGGCCUGAACACAGUGCGCGCUCGCUGUGGUGAACUGACCACGUCUCCUGACAUCCUUGCUGACGUUAACAUGAUCCACAACACCCAUAAGUCCUCUACUGCUGACAUCACUACAGAAGGAGAAAUGGAGAACAUGAAUCAGGUGAACGGCAACACUGUGGUGAGCUCCCCGGCGACCACUGAGGACUCCGGCCUCAACUUGAGUUCUUCCUUGAAUGAAGUGUCUGGAAGUAGUGAAGUCAGCGGCGUGAGAGACUCGCCAUCCAAGACCAGCUGCACAAACGUUGAGCGACCGUCACCGAACUGCGCCAUCUUUGACUUCAAGCACCAGGACACCGACACAGAGGAAGCCGCCACCAACACCCACACCGCCACCGCUACCGCCGCCUGCCAGGCCAACCUUAACUUGGUGGAGGGCGACCCGGCCAAGAACAGGCUUUACCAGGUUAGGCGGCGCAGCACCACGCUAUGCCGGGAGUCAAUCCGCACCAGGCUGGAAUUCAGUUGUGAUGAGGAGGUGGACCACGAUGCCUUGCAGAAGAUCAUCGACACGGCGGUGCCCGAAGAGCUUGACUGGCUCAACUCCAACAUGUCCAGCGACAAUGAGGUUAGCGGCACUGAGGAGGAGGUUGUGGUGCACGAGCACAUGGAUACUGGCAGCGAUGGAGGCACCCCGGGACAGCAGCAGGCCCCGCGCGCAGAGCAGCAGCCUACACAGUACCCGGAGGCCCAGCGCUCCAUCAGCAAGGAGUCUCUGAACCUGCUUGUGUCUGGCGCUGAGCGGCUAGUGCGGGAGCCAAUUGAAGGCGACGAACCGCCCCCGGUGGUGUCCCCGCGGCCGCAUCUCCAGCUGCAACUCAACGCCAGCCUGGUGGGUGCGGCGGGCAGCAAGCAGGCCCGGGUCAAGCAGUGGAUAGCUUCCCAGCGCCGCGAGGCCCGCCUGUCUGCCUCCUGCGUGCAGGACUCCUGCGAUGCCUCUGGUGAACUGACGACCGGCGAGAGCGAUGUUGAGUCUGCUUCCUCUGACGACAUGGACGCCUCCACCGCCACGCAGCGAGCCACAUCCACCAAGGGCUCCCUUCGAGGCUCGCGUGAUCCGCUGCCCUCCACGGACAACACCCCUACCACAGAGCGCAUAGCCUUCUUCCCCUCUCUGCCGGACUCCGCCCAGCCCAAGGUUGUUCUACGUAAUCGGAAGCGGCGGUCAGGCGAGCAGCGUCCCCUGAGCGUGAGCGAGCUGACACAGUUGGCCGCACGCCUGGACCAGACGCCCUCGUCAGUGUCCGAGACAGCCCUGCACUGCCUGCUGUCUGCCACCCCAGAUACCCCGACCAACGACAACCAGGCUUUCGGACCAACCACUACUACCACCUCUACCACAACCACGACCCCAGGCACCACUUCUACUACUUCCACUACUUCCACCACUUCCACCACCUCCACCACCGAUGCAGCCCCCAGCAGUACACCACAAAAGGCCACCUUCGUUACGCCUUCCCCUGCUACUGUUGCGAGUUUGGCCGCCAUGUCCAACUCCACCACCAUCACCACCAGCAUCGCCUCCACGGGCCGUAUCUCACCCAUCAGCUGCGCCACGGGUUCUCUCAGAAGGAAGAAGACAAGGGCUCGCAGGAAGUCAAAUCUGUCGCUGGGGCGACGUACGGAUUCUGGUUCAGAGGGGAUCGCUCUCAACCUCUCUGGGGGCUCUGACCACAUCCAGGUGUCCCCCACGCGCCGCUUCUCCAAGUCUCACUCCUCUGGUUCAGACACCUGCUCCCACUCCCGCCGACAAAUCGUGAAGAGUUCCUCCUUCUCAGUUCUUCAUCCAGGAGGAUGCCGUGCUGGGUCUGGGGGCAUGACCUCCUCCACGGAGAAGUGUGUUUCUGAUUGUGGCGCUGUGUUAGGCGUACCAAGGACACCAACCCGCCGUGCGGACAAGGUUUGCUACUCCAGCGACGACUCCCGUUGCGCCAGUCCCGAGCUAAUCAUUAAGGAGCUGCAGUCCACCCGUAGCCCUGCCCACACUGCCCGCAGCCUCACACAAAGUGAUCAGGAUGGCCCAAACACCCAUGAGGACAUGAGCUCCCUCUCAGAGCAGGCAUGGGAUAACUACCAGGAGUACAAGUACCUGAGUGAGCCAUACUCUGAGGACAUUGACCAGGAUGCGGCCAGGCGGCUGCUGGAAUUUGGUGACGACUAUCGCAAGUAUAUUGAUUCUGACGGCGCCUCUUCCUUCUCUGGCGUGCCUCAUCGCGGCCGCCGCACUCCACCCCACCGCCGCCACCGCUCCCUGGCCCCCUCUGGUCCACGAGAUCUGGACUCUGAUUCAGACCUGGAUGACCUGCACCACGUCAUCGACCAGUCCAGGUCACAGCUCACCGUCACAGAGAAUGUGCUUAAGAAGUACUCAAGCGAGGCUGGCCUUGGCCUGGACUAUGCGGAGAUCGUGGCCACUACUGAGACCAACAUCAGGUGCCUCAUGGACAUUCUGCCACAUCUGGAGAUGGACGGAUCACUGGAGCCCGAACUGGAGGAGGUGCAGAGCAUCGUGCAGCGCUGGGAGGUGCUGCAGGCCCAGGCGGUGGAGCGGCAGCGGCAGAGCAGCCAGGUGAGGGAGCUACAGCGGCAGGUGAAGACUCUGCGCCUGUCACUGGAGGCCCUCGGGAAGCACGCCAGCGAGCUCACAAGGCAGAUGACAUCGACAACCGUGUCAAGCUCAUCCAGAAACUGCAGGAGGCUAAGGCCCUGCAGCUGGAGGUGUCGGCAAGGAAGACAGAGGUGUCGAGCAUCAAUUUGGCGGUGCACAGGUUCCUCACAGAGACCGGCUACUCCCUGGCCAGCCUCAAAGACGAUGUGGCGGACCUCUACCGACUGUGGGACGAGGCUGAUAGGCGAGUGAGCAGUGAGGUGUCGCGGCUUGAGAACGUGGACGCUGCAUGGAAGUUGUGGGAGUCGCAGGCGGAGGAGCUGACCAAGAUGCUUCGUCAGGACAGUGACAC